AUGAUUCCUGUUCCGGCCUCUGGCAAUUCGCGUUUGAAUGAUCUACUGGAAGCCGUGAAGCUGGAAUUUGACAACGUUGGUCAGGAUUACGGUAUAAUAAGGGUCCAAAGAGAUGAUCUUGAACAACGCCUCGCUGCACAGGUGGCAGAGUUAUCUGCGCUGCAACAGAACCUUCAUGAACUUGAGCGCGCACACCAAAAAAUCAAACAGACAUAUGAGGAUGAAAUUCACAGACUGCGACGAGAGCUGGAGAAUCGUGGUCAUCCUGCACAGGGUGUCCCAGCCGGUGAUGAUCGGGGCCAGCAUCGCGUGGUGACUGGAUUCCCUGAUGGUGUACCUCCGCCGGUGUUGGGAAAUGGGAAAGGCAACGCUAGUGCCGGUGGCGUCUUCAGUGCCCUAAUGUCCGGCCAGGGCGGCCCAGGAUCCGCUCCAGUUCCAGGUGGUGAUGGUAGGGGAAUGCAGCCUCCUUACAUGAACGGUGGCUCCGGACCAGAAGCUGGAGGCAAGCGAUUACGCCCGGAUGAUCCCUCCUUGGGCCACAACACCCGCGACCAACCUGCUGGACCCCCGAACCCCUAUAUGCCGCGUGGGGAUUCGAUGCGAGAAGGCGGACCCUACAUGCAAGGCGUAGACCGAGAGCGGGAGCCUACCAAACGCUCAAAAAAGGGCGGUAGUGCCCAGGAAGAAGUUUAUCGUCAGGAGCAACCACCUCUGGCACCGACUCCUUAUGGUCAACCAAGCCCUUACGGUCAUAUGUCUAGCCACGGCCCAGGCGCCAUGCAGAUGGGUCUCCCGCCGAUCCAGCAGCAGCCUCCAAUGCAUCCUGGAAUGAGAAGCGGCACUCCGACACAAGGCUCCAAAUCUGGGAAUGGACAUCUUUUGCAACAAAAUUAUCCUCACCAUGAAGUCACCGGUCACUGUGAACUUGACCAAGAUACCGCACCAGCUGGAUGGAAGAAGGAGGGCGUUGAUUGGGUUGUCGUUUAUAAUGCAAAGAGUCCAAGUCUUCAAAAGAGCCGCAUAAAUGUGGAGCUGGUCCACAAUCUUGAACACGGAAGUGUUGUCUGCUGCGUCAAGUUUUCACCGGAUGGGAAACUCUUAGCUACGGGAUGCAAUCGGGUCGCAUUUGUGUACGACGCGCAAACUGGCACCAAAUUGAGCACUUUGAUCGAUGAAACCGCACCCAAAGACUGCGACCUCUAUAUCCGCUCUGUCUGCUUUUCUCCCGAUGGCAAAUACCUUGCAACCGGUGCUGAAGACCGCGUCAUUCGUGUAUGGGACAUUAUCCGCCGACAAAUCAUUGUCAGCCUUGUGGGACACGAGCAAGAUAUCUAUUCGCUCGACUGGUCGCGAGAUGGUCGUGUGAUUGUCAGUGGUAGUGGGGACAAGAGCGUUAGGGUCUGGGACGCGGAAACUGGAAAGUGUUUACAAUUAAUGAUGAAUAAUGACGAGAAGGCGUUGAAUUCGCCUUCUGCGAACGGAUCCACUGGCUUGAAGGACUCUGGUGUGACCAGUGUUGCGCUCAGCCCGUUGGACGGCCGUUGCGUUGCGGCGGGAUCCCUCGAUGAGAUGGUUCGUGUCUGGGACAUGAGAACUGGGAAAUUGUUGGAGCGUUUCGAAGGACACAAAAAUUCCGUUUACUCGGUGGCAUUCUCGCCCGAUGGUCGCUCGAUCGUGUCUGGAUCGCUGGAUAAAACCUUGAAGAUUUGGGAUCUGUCCCCCGCCACCCUUGCGUAUGUCACCACGCCGCCAUCCGAAGACAUCCCUUUCGAGACAAACAUCACCUCCAUCCCGCGUCACACGUUUGUCGGACACCAGGACUACGUGCUGUCCGUCGCUUUCGCAGGACGAGGGAAAUGGCUCAUCAGCGGAAGCAAAGAUCGCACGGUCACCUUCUGGGACGGCCGGGCGAUCUCCGGUAACGACAAAUCAGGCAUGGCGCGCGACACGGGGAUCGUCAGCCAGUUCAUGCUGCAGGGCCACAAGAACUCCGUGAUCAGCGUGGCCUUGGGAUCCGCAGCUGGGUUGUUUGCGACGGGAAGCGGGGACUGCAGGGCUCGUAUCUGGAGAUCGGCCGGCUCGCAAAAUAUCCUCCCGCCAAUGCGAACGGAACGGCGGGAUGAUGAUAGGGGGGACAAAUCGGACGUGCAUAUGUCGGAGAAAUGA